AUGUCUCUGGUGCUUGUCUUAAGAGGGGAAAAAAAGAACUUGAAUGAUAUAGUUAAAAAGUCAAAAUAUGCCAAAAAACUUGAGUAUAAUUCUAUUGACUUUAGACUAAUACUUAACAGAGAGAUGCUGGAAGAAUUAUUCAAGCCAUCAGUUGAUAAAAUCAUUAGCAAAUUGGUUGAAAUACUAGACCAAUGUGAUGAAAAUGAAAUCAAAACAAUCAUUUUAGUUGGAGGGUACAGUGAAUCUCCCUAUGUAAGGGAGAAAAUUCAGUCAACAUUCAGUAACAUGAGAGUUAUCCUUGUAGAUGAUGCAAGACUUGCUGUGUUAAAUGGGGCAGUGAUGAUGGGCUGGAAACCUAAAAACAUCAUACAACGUAGGUCCAGGUACACUUAUGGAUUUGAAGUUGGUAAACCAUUCAGAGAGGGAAUAGAUCCAGAAAAACUUAGGUAUAAUUAUGAUGGUGACAUUUAUUGUUCCAGGAUAUUUCGGAAGAUGAUAGAAAAAGGUCAGAUAGUGGAGUAUGGCCAGACAUUUAUAUAUAAAGGGUAUGGUACAGCCACUACAGCACAAAGAAAAUGUAUAGUGAGAUAUGUACAUCUAUAUAGAUCUACCCGUGAAGAUCCUCAAUACUGUAUAGAGGAAGAGGACUGUAGCUUAGUAGGAACAAUAGAAAUUAUACCACCAUCAGAUGGAUGGCCAGAUGAGUGGGAUAGUGAUCUACAACUUAUUGUUGGUGAGACUGAGUUCACUGUGAAGUACUUUAAUCUUGAUACAGGAGAAGAAUAUGAAGCACAAAUGGAUUUUCUGUAA